GUGAAAUUAAAAACUGGUUGGUCUACAGACAAAUCCUCACAGACGUCACAACAGAUGAAGAAGCAUCACAUAACACUUCGCAGAUCUAAAGAACAGACAGGACGAAUGUAGCCUCUUCUCCAUCUUCACCAUACGCAGCGAAUGGUUAAGAUCUGAUUCAGUCAUUGGCUGAUAAUCAUCAUUUCACUAUUACUCCUCUUUGACCAAAAUCUGAUCUCUUUUUUUUGGACCAACCUGAUGCACCAGAUUUACAAGCCAUACUUGACCUCUGUGGACAAAACCUCGCGGGACCGGGGCGCACGUUUGCUCGCGCGCUCAUUCCGGGCGCGAACACCCUCUAGCGCUGCACGGCUCCCGCGUCGCCACAGGAAAAACUCUUUUCCUCUCACUUCGGCGUGGAACCGCCGAGACUGACUGAAAGGUCCGAGCUCCGGUCUCCGCUCCGUCUGCUCGCAGAAAAGUGGCAGUGUCGUCGGGCUCGAGGAAAAGGGCUCAAAUGCAGCGUGUUGACAAGGACGCGCGCGCGCUGCCCGUCGUAGUGGAAACGCAGAACGUCGGCGGCUUUUGAGAAGAAUCUGACAAGAAAACACACUUGUUUUUUUUUAAUUAUUAUUAUAUUAUGUUCUGACUACCUUCGACUAAAAAAAAAGAGCUCGGUAUUGUUGUCUUUCAUGGGAUAAAAUCUGUGGACAAGUUUUGAGUUCUGAGUGAAGUGUUCGCGAUGGACUGGCAUUUACGCCGCGUCGCCGCGUUUUCGCGGUGCGGACAACGAGGGGGUUGACGACGCUAAACGACUUAAAGUAGUUUCGGGAAUUUACAGGACAUUUGCACAUUAACUGGGGAUCCCGUGUUUCUGUAAAAACCGGUGUCGACAUGGGUGCCCCGCUUCAUUUUUUAAAAAUGACUUUUCAUCUAAGAAUUUGCGUCGUUUUUGCAUUUAUUGGAAUAACGUUAUCAGAGCCCGGCCAUCCCAACCAAGUGGUUCUGUUGGACACCACAGCUGUACUGGGCGAACUGGGCUGGAUGACCUACCCAGUGAACGGGUGGGACGCCAUCACAGAGAUGGAUGAGCAGAACCGGCCCAUCCACACCUUCCAGGUGUGCCACGUAAUGGAGCCCAACCAGAACAACUGGCUGCGCUCCAACUGGAUCUCGCGGCAGGAGGCGCAGAAGCUGUACGUGGAGUUGCGAUUCACGCUGCGCGACUGCAACAGCAUCCCAUGGGUGUCGGGCACCUGCAAGGAGACCUUCAACCUGCUGUACUUGGAGGCGGACGACCCGCAUGGGCCGGCGGCGCGCUUCCACGCCGCCGACUACGCCAAGGUGGACACCAUCGCCGCCGACGAGAGCUUCACGCAGACGGACCUGGGCGACCGCGUGCUGCGCCUCAACACGGAGGUGCGUGAGCUGGGGCCCCUGGCGCGCAAGGGCUUCUACCUGGCCUUCCAGGACGUGGGCGCGUGCAUCGCCCUGGUGUCCGUGCGCGUCUACUACAAGAAGUGCCCGUCCACGCUGCGCAACCUGGCCGCCUUCCCUGACACGGUGCCGCGCGUGGACUCGUCCUCGUUGGUGGAGGUGCGGGGUGCGUGCGUGGAGCACGCCGAGGAGCGCGACACGCCCAAGCUGUACUGCGGCGCUGACGGCGACUGGCUGGUGCCACUUGGGCGGUGUGUGUGCAGCGUGGGCCACGAGGAGAGCGAUGGACUCUGCCUGGCCUGCAGAGCUGGCUUCUACAAGGCCUUCGCAGGGAACAUUAAGUGCUCCAAGUGCCCACCCCACAGCUUCAGCCACACGGAGGCGUCCACCCUGUGUCACUGCGAGGGUGGCUACCACAGAGCCGGCAAGGACCCACCCACCAGCGCCUGCACACGCCCACCCUCUCCUCCCCGCAACGUGGUCUACAACAUAAACGAGACAGCCCUCUUCCUGGAGUGGGCUCCGCCCAGCGACAUGGGCGGCAGGAAGGACGUGACGUACAACGUGCUGUGUCAGCGCUGCGGCGGGGCGGGGCAGGCGUGCGAGCCGUGCGACGGCGACGUGCGCUUCGUGCCCCGCCCCGCCGGACUCACGCGCACCUCAGUGGCCGUGCAGGACUUCGUGGCCAACGCCAACUACACGUUCCACAUCGAGGCGGUCAACGGCGUGUCAGGCCUGGGCCGCACCGCACGACAGACCGCCAACAUCACCGUCAGCACCGACCAGGCGGAGGAGCUCAUCAGCCCUGUGGACCGUGGCGAGGGUGAUGUGAUUGCUGUGAUCCGUGUGCUGGCUGGUGAUGUCAGGGGGAUUGGUGUGUCUCUGAUCGGCCACCAGAGGAGGAUAGUGAGCAGCAUACAGACAUUGCGACUGCAGCUCCUCCAUGUUCAACAGAGUGGCUUCCAUGUAUGAGACGGACCAGUGAACACACAAGCACGCGCACGCACACACAUGCACACACAGACAUCACACAGUAACACACACAUACACACAGGCAGACUUGGUCUGUCUUACCAAACACACAUGAAGAACUGCAAAGCUUUGGUUCGUUCUCAAGACCUUUCAGCUGGCCAUUGACGACUUCCAAGUGAAUAAGCAAUUCAGUGAGAAAGAGCCAGGAUGAAAGGACACUCUAGAUGUCAUAGGUCAUUUGUCUUCUGGGUGAGAAAUGGACAGCCAAUCAGGGUAGCUGCAGUGGACAAUGAAAGCAUGACACUGUCGCUAUGGUGAUGUCAUCUGUUAAUCAUCCUACAAGUUCUGUGACUGGCUGGAUUCACAGUCCAAGAACCUUUAAUAGUAUAUUUGCUAUUUUAAUGUAACGCGUAUGUGUCUUAAAGAGAUAUUUAUUGUUUAUUCAUCAUGCUACUUCUUGGAGCCUCUGAAAUGAGACUGUGGAACUGUUGAAUGUCAAUGGAUUUAUAUGGCUAUUACCCAUUAUUUAUCACACCUGAUAUUUAAGAUGGUAUUUAUAUGUAUGUGUAUGUGACUUUUUUGUUCUUCGUUUUUAUUUAUUUACUUUUCCUCAGCAAUAUGUGCAGUCUUUUCGGAACAUCUGAGAAAAGAGCCAAGAGUGGGAGUAGAGAAUCGUGUCUUACGCGGUUAAAAGAAAAAAAAUCCACACAAAACCAUGAACCUCCUCAGGCAGUCUGCCGUGUUGUCCAUGACCAGCACUGGGCCUUGUGGAAGACUGAAAGCCAUGGUCUUCUGCUUCUGCAUGAGACCUGACACAUCAAAACUCAAGUUCCAGAAUUGUACACACUGGUCUUGACCUUCUUGACCUCGAUAUGUUCUGCUCUGACGCACUAGAUUUAUAGAAUUCUAUAGGAUAUCGUGGGUUAUGAGAGACAGAGAAGAUUGUCACCGGUUCUCAAAUAGAAUACACUCACCGAAUGUAGGCUGGUGUGUAGCGAAGAAAACCCUUCAUCCCAUACACAUACAUGCACAUGCAGAAUUUGCAGGUUAGUGCGCUUACCUAACAAUAAUUUAAUAUGAUGCUCUGUAUUGCUUAGUUUGUACACAGAGAGAGAGAGAGAGAGAGAGAGAGAGAGAGAGAGAGAGAGAGAGAGAGAGAGAGAGAGAGAGAGAGAGAGAGUGCCAUGCCACAAGCAGGAAAUGCACUCAUCAGACCUUCAGUUUAUGCCUCUUAGGACUUGACCACAUGUUCAGGACACUAAGAACUCAUGUCUAGACUACUGAUGCACACUGGUGAAAGUAGAAAACAGUUCGAACUCCAGCUGAUGAGGGGAAACUGGUUUAUCAGGUCGGUCCACACUAUAAUGUAUAGUGAAUAGUAAUCUAAUUGUAUAUUAUUUUUUAUAAUUUAUAAUGGAUUAAAAAGAAGUGAAAGUGGGUUAGGCUGGUUGUUUGUAAAAAAUAAAAGAUA